GUGUAUGAAAAAUGAGUGCAAGUCCGUUGCUACUAAAAUGGAGGGCCAACUCUUCUCUUCACUAAUCUGGCUUCUCUUAUCAUUAUCAAUCUCAAUCCCCCCAAUUUCAAGCAUUUCAAACAAUUCAUACAACAGAUGCGGAGCUUCCUUCAACUGCGGCAACCUCACCGGAAUCGGCUUCCCAUUCUGGGGCGGCGAUCGCGCGGCGGAAUGCGGCCACGCCCCCCUCAAACUCGACUGCGAUCGCCGCGCCGCCACGAUCCAGAUCAACAGCGUCAAUUACCGCGUCCUGGACAUAAAUCAGGGCGAAAAGAUCCUCAAAAUCGCGAGAGACGACCUGCUGCGGAGCCAAUGCCCGCCGCAGCUCGCCAACUCCACCUUCGAUCCGCAGCUCUUCGCCUACGCGUCGAGCUACGUGAAUCUGACGUUCCUCUACGGCUGCCCGCCCGUGGAUUUCCCGGUGCCUUACCCGUUCGAGUGCGCCGUGAAGGGGACAAAGGAGAGGCGCGGCUACGUGGAGUUCGGGACGCAGCUGUCGGGGAUGUGCCACGCCAGCGUCGUCGUUCCGGUGAGCUAUUCGUCGCUGUUCAAUUUUAAGGACGUGAUGGCUCUGAUCGGCGAAGGAUUGGAGGUGAGAUUUUCGGUAAGUGAUGGUUGCCGUGGUUGCGAGAGGUCGGGUGGGAGGUGCGGGUAUGAUGUGACGGGGACCGAGUUUGUGUGUUUUUGCUCGAAUCGUUCGGCGGCGGAGUCUAGAACCUGCGGUGGUGGAUCGGCGGAUGAGGCUGAUGGUCCUCGAGCACCGGGUGUUGCUGAUGGUAGACCGCAGGGACCCAGGGAGGUGACGGUAGAGCCGUCUGUAUCAGACGCAUCCAGCUCCUCAGCAGAGUUUUAUAAGACCUGCGGCAACACAUUCAGCUGCGGCGACACGAUCACCGGAAUCGGAUACCCUUUUCGUCGACAAACCGAUCCCAUCUACUGCGGCCACCCAAAUCUAGCCCUCGCCUGCGACGGUCGAAGCAACGCCACGACCAUCGACAUAAUGAGCACGACGUAUCGGGUGCUGCGAAUCGACCAAUCCACAGAGACCAUGAGGAUUGUUCGAGAGGAUCUGAUGGAAGGGCCCUGCCCCCGUGAGAUGGUCAACACUACUCUCAACUACUCCCUCUUCGACUAUGCGGGUUCCUACGCGAACUUCACGUUCCUGUACGGCUGCCCUGCGUCCAACUUCCCGGGCUUGAGCCUCACUCCCUGUGGGGGCUCCGGGUACAGUGGCGUAUACGUGUUUCCCGGGACUCAGGGGCCUGGGAAAUGCAAUGCUAGCGUGAUAGUUCCGGUGCUUUUGGGCGUAGAGGGAGGCGGUGGAACGGAGAACACGACGAGAACUCUGAAUCAAGUUGUGCAGCAGGGCUUUGAGGUGAGGUGGAAGAUUGACGGCAAGUCUUGCAGUGAUUGUACGGAGUCGAAGGGCCGGUGUGGCUACGACGUUGGAACUAAUCAGACGAGCUGCUUUUGCCCUGACGCGCCUUACGUUUCAGAUACAUGUACAAUGUUACGAGGAGGGAAUGGUGAUGGUAACUCAAAUAUGGGGAUGAGUAUUGGCCUUCCCAUAGGAGGUGCAGUUCUUGCUGGUAUUGGCUUGGGAUGGCUGAUUUUCUACUUUAGGCAGAAGAGAAAACAGCGCCAAGCUACUGGAUCUACUCAAACCGCGAGCAAGGAUGCCUUGACGCCUCCUUCGAGCAAGGACCCGUCUACGCCUCCUUCAACUAAAUUCAUUAAAAGCAUCCCCUCGUAUCCACCUUCAAAAUCUGAUUUUGGUAGGGACAGCACAUACUUCGGGGUGCAGGUAUUCACUUACCCGGAACUUGAAGAAGCUACGAAUAACUUUGAUCCAUCUAAAGAACUUGGUGAAGGUGGCUUUGGGACUGUAUAUUAUGGGGUGCUCGCUGAUGGUCGUGUUGUUGCUGUGAAACGAUUGUACGAGAAUAAUUUCAAGCGUGUGGAGCAGUUCAUGAAUGAGGUUGAGAUCCUAACUCAAGUGAGACAUCCAAACCUUGUGGCUCUGUUUGGGUGCACAUCCAAGCGAAGUCGAGAGCUGUUGCUUGUUUACGAGUACAUACCGAAUGGAACAGUCGCUGAUCACCUCCAUGGAAAACGUGCUGCAUCUGGCUUGUUAUCUUGGCCUGUUCGGCUGAAUAUCGCCAUUGAAACUGCUGAAGCGCUUGCUUAUCUCCAUAAAUCCGAAAUCAUACAUCGCGAUGUCAAAACCAACAACAUACUACUAGACAACGAUUUCCAUGUCAAAGUGGCUGAUUUUGGGCUGUCUAGAUUGUUCCCACUCGAUGCUACUCAUGUCUCGACUGCUCCACAGGGGACUCCAGGCUAUGUUGAUCCGGAGUACUACCAGUGCUACCAGCUAACAGAAAAGAGUGACGUGUACAGCUUUGGAGUGGUCUUGAUCGAGUUCAUAUCGUCCCUGCAGGCCGUGGACACCAACAGGCACCGCCAUGACAUCAACUUGGCUAAUAUGGCUGUCAACAAGAUCCAAAACCAUACCUUGCACGAGCUGGUUGAUUCGAGUAUUGGCUUUGAGACGAACACUACUGUGAGACGGAUGGCUACAUUAGUGGCGGAGUUGGCUUUCCGAUGCCUGCAGCAGGUGAAGGAUAUGAGACCAUCCAUGGAAGAAGUUGUGGAAGCAUUGAAAAGCAUCAAGAAUGAAGACUUCAAUGCUCACAAGGUUGAAAUUGUUGAUAUUUUGGUGGAUGAUGAGACUGGGCCGCUCAAGAGCAGCGUUGCGCCGCCAUCGCCGGACUCCGUUGCGGCUAGCGGCUCAACGCCCAAUUCUAGUGCGUGAGUUCACUCACCCUAAUGUUUUGUGUUUUUACAUUAUACAUAUACUUGUUUCCUUUCAUGUUUAUUUCUGCCUGUCUAUGUAGAACUACAUGAUUUUGAUAACAAGGAUUAGAGGAAUGUAUAUAGUAAAUGGAGCUGUGUGAAUAUUUACUGAUAUUUUUGGCAUCAUUUCCUUUAUAAGUUUAGAAUUAGGCUAGAUAGACUAAUUAUGAAAUAAAUGUAAUCGGAUUAAUUAGUUUGUCAAUUAGACAAUUACCCAUAUGUACUCCAAUUUUAAUACUCCAUGUUUUUACUGUUAA